UUAGUACUUAUUUUAUGUCGCAUUUGGUAUUUUUCUAAUAAUGAUGAGCCAACUCUAUUUCUUUAAUAAAAAUCCCAUAUAGGCUUAAGGCUUCGAUGGGAGAGAGACAAGAAAAAGAGAGAAGUGUCGAAGCUAAAGAAAAUGAAAUUCGUAAUACCAAAAGUACCCUUCACACUCUCUCUCUUCAUCUCCCUGUCUCUUCUCAUCGUCUUCUUCUUCGCCUUCCCAACCACAUUCCUCCGCCGUCCUCUCUCCUCUCCUUCCUCCGUCAUCGCCGUCGCCGAAGAAGGCAUACGGAUCCGUCACCAUGGAUACAGCUCAUACGAAGCCUACAUCAAGCACCAGCUCAACAAAACUCAAAACCCGAAGCUACGUAAAGUAUGGACCACGCGUGACUGGGACAGGAAAGUGCGCGUGUUCUCCACUUUCUUCAAACGGCUCAGCGAUCACAAUCUCCUCUCGAACCAGUCGAAAGCUCUCUCGAUCGGAGCGCGAGUGGGACAAGAAGUAGCGGCGCUGAGAUUGAUCGGCGUGCAAGACUCCGUCGGGAUAGAUCUGGUGCCGCGACCGCCUCUCGUGGUGAAAGGAGACUUCCACGCGCAGCCGUUCGACGCGGACACGUUCGAUUUCGAGUUCUCGAACGUGUUCGAUCACGCGCUUUACCCGGAGAAGUUCGUUGGGGAGAUCGAACGGACGCUAAAGCCAGGAGGGGUGUGCGUGUUACACGUGUCGAUAUCGGGGAAGACGGAUAAGUACUCGGCUAAUGAUCUCUUCAGUGUGAAACCAUUGGUGAAUCUGUUCAAGAGAUCCAAGGUUGUGGAGGUGAGGAACAUCGAUGGCUUUGGGCUUGAUACUGAGAUUGUUUUUAGAAAGAACAACAACUAAACCAUACAACAAAGAUUUUUUUUUUUUUUUGGGUUUUCAUUGUUUCAUUUUUAAUACAUAGGUUCGUUGUUGUUAAGUUAAACACAAAUUGUUUCUCUUUUUGUUUGGAUUGUAUUUCUCAUAGUUUUAUCGUGUUUUACUACAAAAUCAAAAUGUAUACAUCUAUUCUGAGUGGCGACAUCAAUAAAUUAUAGAGUUUUUUUUCUUUCUCA